AACGACGCAACCCUUAUGCGUCGAAGCCAGCGCGGCGGAUUCGGCGGACGAGAUGCGUCGUCGUCGUCGUCGUCGUCGUCGUCGCGGUCCGUUCACCGCCUACGCCGCGCCGCUAUCGAAAUCGAAACGACCGACGCGAGCGCCGUCUCCAGUCCGCCAACGCAACCACCCUUCCGACCGUCACACGCCGCACCAUUGCUACCACUCGCGAAAACCCGCAAAACGCGUGCCACCGCGCCCCGAGAUUACAUUUCGUUGUUUCGCCGGACGCGGACGAACGCCGACCGAGCGCGCGCCGCAGCCUAACAUCGAUCCGUACACGUGCGUGGGCGAUACGGCGUUAAACACAUCCCCCGCCGCCUACGAGACGAAUCUCUCCGAUCGGUGAUUGUGCGAUCGCCGUCGCUACUUUUCGCUCGCCGUACACACACUGCCGACGACGGUGUACACGGUCGCAUCGCUAUCAGCCGACGACUGCAGCAACCGCCCGAGGGUGGUCUCUUGUGAGUAAAACACUACGAUCGUAUUAUAUAGUAUUUUAAACACCUCGACAAAACACUACCUACACGCACGUCGCGAGUAUAAAAUAUUACUAUAAUAACAUCAUACGAGAUAAACCGCGAGUGUGUCGAUCGCGUGAUGAUCGGCGUAAACUAUUAAAUUCCAUAUCUCGCCGUCGUAAGUAAUAAUAAUAUCGUCACAAUAUCGUAUCGUAUCGUGCAACGGUCGUCUGGUCGGCGGUGACCGACAUGGACCGCCGCGCCGAAUCACCGACCGAAUCGGGCGCUACGCGGCCCUGCUGCUGCUGCUGUUGCUGCUGCUGUCAGACGACGGGACGGACUUGCUGGUCGUCGACACGCGCUGCGGCAGUGCGAACACGUCCCGCCGCUAGUACGUGAGAUCGCUGCUGCUGCUGCAGAGCUCCGGCGGCGGCGGCGACGGUGACGACGGUGACGACGACCAUCGCUGUGCAGCGAAGGUGCAGCAGGCGGCGGAUGCGGCGACGCCGUGAUCGCCGGUGGUGGCUUGUACCGUCACAGCAGGUCGUCUCUCGACACCAGUGUACGUGAUAAUUAUGGUCGUGGCUUCAACCAUGGCCAGCAUGGAUGACCACGAGCGGAAGAUUGUCGUCGAGUUCUGUCAACUGCUCGAACAGUCGAAGCAGCUAUUCAACGGGCUCCGAGACCUUCCACAAUGCGGUCAGAAAAUCUGGCAAGGGUAUUUCGGCAAGACUUUCGACGUUUAUACGAAACUUUGGAAGUUUCAACAGCAACAUAGACAAGUGUUGGAUACAAAGUAUGGCUUAAAGCGAUGGCAAAUAGGUGAAAUAGCCUCGAAAAUAGGUCAACUGUAUUAUCAUUACUACCUUAGAACCAGCGAUACAAACAAUUUAAACGAAGCGUAUUCGUUUUAUUCGGCAAUACGAGGAAGACAAUACUAUUCUCGAGUAUCUCAGGAAGAUAGAUCUGAUCUAAUGGUAAAAAAACUGAGGUACUACGCUAGGUUUAUUGUGGUGUGUCUGUUGCUAAGAAGAGUGGGAGCUAUUCGUGAAUUAUUGGCUGAGCUCGACAAGCAAAUCGUAGACUACACAAGUACGUAUGAACCGGACGACCAAUUGGAAUGGUCUUUGGUUUUGGAAGAGAUCAAGACAUUCGUAAAAGCCGACAGUAUUGUAAAUGUUUUACACGCUGACCAGAGCAGUGUCAUACUUUCACACAGGCUAACACCGCUGACUACGCCACCGGUGGAAAAAUCCACGAUGAUGAAUCUUUCGUUGCAAGAAAUCAUACUUAUAGGAAACAUGUCGGAACAGGUCAAGUUCAGCGAAAUGACGAUAGACAUGUUCCGAAUGAUGCAGACGCUAGAGAGGGAAAAAAACCGAGAUGAAGUUAAUCACGUAUCUGAUCCCCCUUCGAGAGCAUCAUUUGAAAAAAGUUACUCAAUAACCAGUAAUAAAACCUUAGCAUACCCAAUGAUGGCAAAUCAUGACGUAAAUAGUUCAAGAAGAGAAAAUCCUCACAAAUACAUACUUUAUAAACCAACAAUUACUCAAAUUAUGAUGUUUUUAGCAACAGGUUUUAAAGAGCUUCCUGCAAACGGCGUGCUACUUAUGUACAUUUCAGCAGACGGAUGCUUUCAAACCUCAAAACAUGUAAAUGAUUUGGGUUAUGACUGUGGAGGAGUCAUGGCAAGUAGCAAACGAGAAAUGGAAUUGACCAAUAAAAAAGGUGUUCAUGUAAAAGAAAUCCACUGCUUAUAUCCUGGAGAUCUUUACGCGUAUACUAGAAAACCAUUGUUUGUAAUUAUCGAUUCCGAUAAUAGUUUUGCCUUUCAAUACAUUCCAAGGUAUUUCGGACAUCCGUUCGUCGUGCUCAUGUCUCCCCAAGAGUUGCCGGAUAAACUUCACGAACAACUACAACACAACGGAAGUUUAUUCACGUUAUUUUUACAUAGCCCUUUGACUGCAUUUUGUAUCAUAUGUAACAUCCUAACGGUUAAAAUGCAUUUAUGGGAGAGGGCCAAUUCGUACGUAGAUAGAUUCAUCACGGAAGCUAGCCGUCUGUUUACUAGCAAAGUGAAACCAGACGUAUCUUAUAUACAGUUCUUUGGUGAUGACUUUUUACGGCUAUUAUUAUUGCGGUACGUCUUUUGCCACGUUGUACUUCGUCAUCAUCGAGCAUUUAUUGGAGAACAGUAUCUUCCGCGGUGUCAGCCACCUUUGCCUUUGGCCAGCUUUUUAGAUGAAAUAUCUUUGAAAAAAUACGUCAGAGAGUUGGCCAAGCACCUGGACGUUUUGUCACAUUUCGAAAACUUCGAAUGAUCCCCACGACCCACUAUUAUUAUUAUAUUGCUCGGUGGUCGUCAACUUCUUCCAGUAUAAAAAUAAUACUAAUUAUUAUUAUUAUUAUUAUUAUUAUUGUUGUUAUUUGAUUAUAAUACAUAGUGUGUAGUAUACCAUAUAUUAUAAUAUUAUGUUUCUAUAAAUAUUGUAUAAAGUCGUGAAAUACGUGUGUGUCCUAUACUUGCAUAUUGUGUGAAAAUUGUUUGGAUAUGAUGAAUGUCAACGAUAUUUAAAUCUGUUAAAAUCUUGAUUUCGACCAAACGUACGUAAAAUGUGGUGAUAUAAUAUUCGUCUAGUUUAUAGAUGUUUAUCCCACAUAUUAUUUGUUUUAUUUCCAAUAAUCAGAGUUCGAUAUUUGUUCUACAUGCCUAUAUUAUAUACGUUCAGUUAAAUAGUAGUAUAUAAAUUAAAUAUGAUAUACAUGUGUAUACAUAUAAAUAAUAUACAUGUAUAUUUAUAUAUUUAUACAAUAUAUAUUUAUAUGUAUAUAUAUAUAUUAUACAUAAAAAAAAAAUACUAAUUAAAUAUCGAUGGUACAAUAUAUAUAUUUAUAUAUAGAUGGGGUGAUUCACCAAGGAUCCUCAUUCUUCACACUCAUUUUUAUUUAGUAAUCAAGUUAUUCAAAAUCUGACUUUUGAAAAUUUUAAAUAUACUUAACGAUCACAAUUUUGAAUGCUUUAUACUUUAUAGUUUUUGUACCAUUUAAGAAGUCUUGUGUGGUGAUAGUAGUCAUACAAACUUCUGUUUUAAAAUCUGAACCUACCUUCUUUACUUUAAAGUUUAAAUUAAUCAGCAGAUCGUUUUUUUAGAAUUGUAUGUACCUAAAUCAAAACUUGAACAUAACUAUGGUUUCCGAGUUAUUUAACAGUAUAUGUACUAAGAAUAAUAAGUUUGUGUUCGUGAUUAAAGGUUUUAGUUAGGACGUUGAUGAUUUGAAAAUAACUGUAGGUAAUUAAUAUGUAUGUAUCAGAUUUUAAAAUUUAUCUUAGUGUUAAGAAUACUAAUUUCAAUAUUUUAUCUAUUUUAUAUUUUUGUAAAACCAUUUUUAAGGAGUUUUUUAUUUUUCGAUUUAUGUAUAACUCGUUUGAAUUUCAAUUUCAAUCAAACAUUUACAUCAACAGUUUCAAAAAAAUGAUUUACUAAAUAAUUUAAAGUAAAUUAAUGGGUUCUUAUUUAAAAAACAAAAGUUUUUACUACCACAGACAUUCUUUAAGUGAUAUGUAUAAUUUCAAAUAUUCAAAAAUAUGUUAUUUUUAAAAUGUCAAAAAUCAGAUUUUAAAUAACUGUAUUUUAAAAUAUUAAGGUGAACGUGUUUGAUGAAUCACGCAGUUUAUAUCAUAUUGUACCAAUAAUAUAUAAUUAUUAUUUUUAUUGUUUAGGCCCUAAUGGCUUAAUUAUUUGUUCGUAUAAUCUGUUAAAAACUAUUUAACUCCAUCGUAAAAUAUUUGAAACUUAAAGAUGUGUUAUGGUUUAAUCAAAAACGUUCGAUCGAAAGUACAAUUAACGUAUAUAACCGCUAAUAAAGCCAAUAAUGUUAAUAUACGUGAAUAAAAGUACCAAACUACAAUGUUAUAUUAUUAUAUAAGUUAUGUGUACCAAUUAAAUUUGAAAAAACCUGUAACACUUUUCUUUUUUUUAAAUUCUAUUAAUAAAUAGUUUAAUUUUUUUCUAAAUUAAUAAAUCAAUUUCCAAAUCUUCCAUUUUGUACUACGAAAAAUCUCUUAAAAUUGCAUUAUAUAAAAAUUGUUAGCGAAAUAAAGUACAGUAUUUUUUAUAAAACUCA